GUGGGAGGAGGAAUAGUCGAGGUGGCAGAACUCCAGGACUUUGUGGAAGUUUGUCCCAUCCCCUGCUUGGACCGUUCACCACAGCCCUCUUGGUUUGGGACCGGGAGGUUUGUCUGACUCCCUCACAGCCUAAAAACCAACUCUCCCUCCCCUCUUCUUCCUCUUCUCCUCUCCGGACUCUUCCCUCUGCUUCCAUACCUCCGGCUCAACCAUCUUUUGGAACGUUUCACCUGGAUGACAAUGACAUAAAAGCCCAACUUGUAGUAAUUUUACUUUUUCUUCAGAUACAGUGGAAUAUUUCUACUUGCACUCAGGGUGUCCCCUUUGGUAAAGUGAGAGAAGAUGCGGCACAGGGUCUUACCACUCUGUGCCCUUCUGGGUUUCCUCCUCAUAGGACUCCCCACAACCCUAAAAGCUCAGGAGGCACAAGACUCAGCCGACCUAGUUCUCUUAAUUGAUGGAUCACAGAAUGUUGGAGCAGCAAACUUCCCCUCUGUGCGUGAAUUGGCUUUGAGAAUCGUUGAGAGCCUUGAUGUGGCCAGAGACAAAAUUCACGUGGCUUUGGCCCUUUACAACGGCAGCCCUGAGAUUAAGUUUUACCUGAAUAGCUAUGAGAGCAAAGCCUCCAUCCUGGAAGCCGUGAAGGGGCUGUCUUUCCCGGGGGGCGAUGAGUCCAACCUGGGCCUGGCUCUUGAGGAAGUGUCUGAAAACCUACUGAGCUCAAAUGCGGGCGGCCGGGCGGAGGAGGGCGUACCGCAGAUGUUAGUGGUGAUCAGCGGAGGCUCGUCCACAGAUGACACCGGAACAGGCGACAGGGCUCUGAAAAGGGCAGGGGUCAUAACAUUCGGGCUGGCAAUCGGUGACUCUGCCUCAGCCGACCUGGAGACAGUGGCCACAGACAGGAGUUUUGUUCUGUCCGCCCCAGAUUUCAGAGCCGCUCGCACCCUGGGCGAUCAGCUGUUGCCCUACCUUAACGGGGUUGUCCAGCGCACCAUUAUAGUUCAGAAUGAGUUCACAGAAGGUAGGUCACAUCUCUAA